UGUCUGCUGGCUGUCCUGGUGGUCCUGGGGCUGUCCAGCCGGGCAGAGGGCCAGCCAUGCCCGGCUCAGUGCUCAUGUUCCGGCUCUACUGUGGACUGUCACGGCCAGGGUCUCCGAAGCGUUCCCAGGAAUAUACCACGCAAUGCAGAGAGACUGGAUCUGAACGCUAAUAAUCUGACUAAAAUCACCAAGGCCGACUUCGCUGGACUGAGGAAUCUGCGUGUGCUUCAGUUGAUGGAGAAUAAGAUCAGUCUGAUAGAGAGAGGAGCCUUCCAGGACCUGAAGGAGCUCGAGAGACUGCUACCAAACCAGUCCACUGCAGUGAUAAUGUCCCUACGGUCGAGCCCGACUUCAGCUCUGGGUCUGUGUCGCUGUCUGCUGGCUGUCCUGGUGGUCCUGGGGCUGUCCAGCCGGGCAGAGGGCCAGCCAUGCCCGGCUCAGUGCUCAUGUUCCGGCUCUACUGUGGACUGUCACGGCCAGGGUCUCCGAAGCGUUCCCAGGAAUAUACCACGCAAUGCAGAGAGACUGUGA